ACACGUACCUAGCGAGAUGCAAUGUCAUUUACGCCAAUUACAUAAUCGGCGCAUACGUGAUGGCGUCCAUUUAUUUGCUGGGGCCUACAAUGUUUCCAAUGGUCAACAUAAUACACGCGGAAUAUCCGUUCGACACUAAUCGCACGUCAAUAAGUGUUAUGGUACGCGCGCACCAAAUCGUCGCGUGCUAUCAAUGCUGCUCGCACUUGUGUAUGUGCGUGUUCGGGGGGCUUUUAAUUUGGUUCAUGGCCGCAAGAUACGAGUGUCUGGCCGUGGAAAUACAGAUGAACACGAAUAUUCGUACGUUGACCAGGUGCAUUCGGAAACAGUUGCGUCUGAAGAGAUACACGGAAGAUGUGUUUGCUUGUUUUCGUUACAUGGUGCUCUUUGUUAUAAUAAUAUCCACGUUUCUCAUGACUCUAUGUGCCGUCAUGGUCGUCAUGGUAAGUAAUACAUUUAGAAGGAGACUGGUGAUUUAUCAUUUUAAAUAGAAUUAAUGACUAAUUUACAAAUAGAAUAUAUCAGUUAUGCUGAAAAUGAUGUACAUAGUCAACAGUGUGUAUUAUCUCAUGUACCUUCUCAUGUACGCAUGGCCAGCUGACAACGUAAAAGACAUGAGUUUAAGCCUUCCGACGAUUGUGUACGAUUUAACGUGGUACGAACAAACACUGGGAAUGCAGAAGAGCCUACUGAACGUGAUGACGUAUCAGAAACCAGUAACACUUUCUAUCAAAUGUAUAAUGCCAGAACUCUCUUUAAACUAUUACUGCACGUAUCUGUCCAAUGCUCUCUCUUUUUGUACCGCUCUACGUGCCAUAUUGGAAGAGAUGACAGACUAAAUACAUACGUUUAGAAAUUAUCAUAAUAUUAAGAA